CAAGUCGUUCUGCAAGUCAGCGAACGGCCGUGUUCCAAGGAAACGCAUCUUUGCAAAACAAUGUUUCCUUCUCUGCAAACACACGCGCCUACCGUGGACGCCGCUCACUCACUCACUCACUCACUCAUCCCCCAAGCCACUCAAUCGCCCCAUCUCUCUCACCCGCCUUUCAUCCUCGCUUACUCUCCGAUAUGUACGCACAAGCGCACUCUCACAACCUUCCAAUCCCACAUUCUCACUCAAGCUCAUCACGCUCUUCAGCACACUUUCUGACUAUCCCACCCAUCCCGCUCUGCUCAUCUCCUCGCCCGUUCUAGUCAGAUAGACGAGACCGUCACACCCACACUGCGCCCCCGCGCGGGCACUUCCUUAUCCCGUUUCAAGCUUACAAGGUGACAAGAGCCGGACCGAAGUCCAGCCCAAAGUAGUCCACUUCAGAACCAACAUGUCAUCGGUUGCACCAGUGCAUCACCAACGCGUCGACCGAGGGUUCGGAUCUCGGGAUGCCCAGAGGCUGACUGGCAGCCUGCCACAUCUAUCAGACUAUCUGCCAAGUGUCUUGCCUCUCUCUGCAAAGAAGCCCACUGGCAGGCAUUCCUCGACCCCUUCCAUGUGGCGUGGCGUCUCGACGCGCUUGUUUCGCCUCCAUGUCUUGAGUCGCCCACUCACUAACAUCGUCUAUCCUCGUCCAGUUUUUACUCGACCGAGGACCGGGACACCCUGCCAAGCCGGUCUCAGGACCGAUACUCACAGGCCCGGUCUCACAUCACCUCAUCAUUCCAACCCUUUCAGUGAAGCACUCAUCCACCCAUCAGCCGCUGGUCCAGUAUUCCGCUCCAGCUCUCGCGCUCUAGACAGCCCAAACCGACCCGUUGUUCGGGUUGGUCCCAUCAUUCAACGGCAAGGUACCGACAAAACAACUCAUCGCCCCAAUCUUGCUGAGGUGCAGAGUUUCACAAGUUCCUUAUUCGUUCCGGGUCACGGUCGAUUUGAGUUGUCAUUCUAAGCCUGGGACUGGGUCAACUAAGCCGCCUCCUGUGUCUUGUCGUCGUCCCGCCUCAACUGCUGCGCCGUCUCAUUACCUGUCUGAGCUGAUGAUUUUGUCGUGGGUCGAUUACCGCGCAUCAUAUCACAAGUGUUUCUUUAGAUAGCUUCGAAUUGAUUAAAACGCUCCUGUUGGCCAGGUCAUCCUCAUCGAACUAUCUCAUCUCCACACCUCGCUGAUUCAUCAUCCACAAUCAUCAACAUCAUCAAACCACUUCAUCACAAAUACUCUCGCGUCCACUUUCCAGCUUCCCGCUUUUUGACAGUUCACUUGUCAUUGGACGAUCGGUCUCGCUCGGUUCCGCUCUCACAUCUCACGCUAACACAUACCUACAUUCACCAUGUUGCGCUUCUUGUGCCUUCCCGGUGCCUACGGCAGCUCGGACAAAUUCCAAGUUCAACUUGCCCCCAUCUUGAAGGAGCUUACUGAGGAUGGCACGGCUCAGUUCCACUUCAUCCAUGGACCUUGCAAGGCCGUCCCGCCUCCGGGGUUUGAGGACUAUUUCGGAGCUCCCCCCUACUACCGCUUCAUCGAGCCCGAUAGGGAUGUCGAGAAGUCCCACAGCGACGAUGUCCUCAUGCGCAUUCGUGACUUCCCUGACUGCGAGACCCCCGAAGACACGAUGAGAGAGCUCAUGAGAGAGGGCAUCGCAACCACCCACCGCAGUACCGACAGAGCCAUCAAGUUCCUGGCCGACAUUGUCGCGAAGCGCGGCCCCUUUGACGGCAUCAUCGGCUACUCCGAGGGCGCCACCGUGGCAUCCACCUUUAUGCUUUACGAGCAGCGCCGCCUCAAGCGCUCCGGCAUCAAGCCGGCGUUCAAGUACGGCAUCUUCUUUGCUGGCUGGCCUCCGGUCGACCCCAAGACUCACGCCCUGGUCCUCUCUGACGAGAGCGAGGAGCGCAUCGAGGCCCGCACCUUGCACAUUAUCGGAUCCUUGGAUCCUUAUGUCGAUGGUUCUAUGGCCCUUUACAACAUGUGCGAUCCCGACACCGCAUAUCUUUUCGACCAUGCCAAGGGCCACACCCUACCCCGUGACAAGGAUACCAUCAAGGAGCUUGGCGACAUCAUCCGCGAGACCCAGGCUGACAUGCAAGAAGAGGGUCUCCUGUCGUAA